CACAACCGCCGGCCGAUGAGGAUGAGGAUGAAGAUAUCGAUCUAUCUGAUGAAGAAGAUCUCGAGAUGCCCUCAUCGCCGCCCUGCCUACCCGACCGCGAGUCCCCCCUUUCAACGAUACCCUCAACACCAUGCCCGCCUCAACGCCACGCCCGAUAUGAUGAUGCCUUCAUAAAUCGCAUAAUAGAGGAAGCCGAAGCCUUGGAGGCCACUCAGGCACUUUACGAUGAACAAGAACCCCCCUCAAUUAGGUGAGAAAUGCAUGAGAAGUCGUUCUCAAUCAAGAAGCCGUUUGGGCGCCGCGGCAGUCAUUUCGCCCGGUCAUACACAGUCAAUAGCAAAUAUAUCAUCACAAGAAGCUUCAUUUCAUAAUGCC